AUGAGUACUAAAUUGUGGAUAGCAGGGCUGAAUCCAUUCUCACCCGAAUCAAACUGCGCUCUGCAAGAUAUCAACCUCAGCUCGGUGUUGCCCUUGGAAGAGCGCUCACCUAAAUUCAUAAUUAGCUUCGGACCACUGCACGCCUUCAUCGCGCAAGAUAAUAAGCUCUACACCUUCUGCGUUCUCUCUGAACAACGAAAAAGUGUCGGGUUUGAGGCGGACAUCCUCUCGCUGGCAGCCAACAGCAAGUUCUGCCUUGUUCUCCUGGCGUCAGGCCGGCUGUUGAAGUAUGACCCAUCAGUGGACGUGUCCGUGCCGGUGGUCGGGUUUCUUGGAAUCGAAGGAAACGAACCGAAAACUGUGAAGGACGAAUCAAUCACCCAUCUGGCAUGCGGGGAAUGUGUCACACUCGCGUGUACAUCGACUAAUGCCAUUUACAACAUCCCGAACCAUACGGCCACCCUCCCGAAACACGUGAAAAUAAGCAAAGUGGUGGCCGGCUUCGAGCAUUGCCUGUUGCUCACGACAAACGGAGACGUCUACAGCUGGGGAGGCGGACUCCGCGGUCAGCUUGGGAACGGUGAAAUCGUGGCCAUCGUAGAUCAACCCCACCUAGUGGAAGCUUUGGCGGGAGUGAAGAUAGUAGACAUUGCUGCGGAAGGAUGGCACUCGGCAGCCGUGUCCUCGUUCGGGGAUCUAUACACCUGGGGUUGGAACAACCAGGGCCAACUAGGAUUGCUAGAUCACGAAUACGAUGGGCGGGUAGUGUCUCAACCCCAGAUCGUAUCAUUUCCGGGUAAUGCAGACGCAACAGUGACCAGGAUUCACUGUGGCAUUGGACACACGGUUGCCGAAGUAACUACGGUCGAUGGGACGCAUGAGGUGCUGAUCGCAGGAUGGAACUUGGAGAAGCGUUUCGAUUACAGCCGUGCUCCAUCGACACCGGCUUUCGAUGGAUUCCGGAAGCUACCCCAACCAGCAGCACCAGCCGAUGCAAUCGAAGUAGGCGCUGGUCCGAACCUGGUUUACUUCCUGCAGCGAGCAGCGUGCGCUGAAAAAUGA